AUGACCUCCACCGGUCCUGACGAACCGUCACAAAAUUCUCGCGUAAACGACAUGGAUGACCCUAUGGAUGGUCUAGGAGAGGAAGAAGAGGAAGGUGAUGUGGUAAUGCCCGGUGUCAGCGACGACAGUUCGGAAGAAGGGGAGGACGAUGAAGAAGAGGCCCGUGAGAUUAGAGAUGGGUUCAUUGUCGACGAAGAGGAAGAGGAGGAAGAGGAGGAAGAGGCGCCCCGCCGACGGCGCAAACGAAGAAAGAGGCAUCACCGAAAGGAAGAAAUACUUGAAGAGGAUGAUCUAGAACUCCUCGAAGAAAACACCGGAGGGACCUUCAAGCGCAAAAGCCGUCUUACCCGUCUUCGUCACCACCACGAUUCCGAAUCCCCUCCCGCAGCCUCGUCCUCGAAACGCCGAGCCGUGGUCGAGUCAUCGGAAGACGACUUGGACAACGAGGAGGAUUUGCGUGAGGCAUCGGACAUCCGGAAAAUAUGGGACGAUGAUCGUCGGGGAGACGACGACGACGAGGAUAUGGAUGACUUUAUUGACUAUAGUGACGAAGACGAGGCAGGUGCCAUGAAUGAAGAAGCACGUGAAGCGCGCAGGGAGGAGAAAAGACGAGAGCAAUUACGCCGCCGGAAGGCGCGUGUUCGUCCUGAACUGGCAGGAAUUGACGCAAACGCCUGGGAUGAGAUACACGAUGUGUUCGGUGAUGGCCACGAAUACGACUGGGCACUUGUAGAUGACGACGAGUUCGAGGAGGAGCACUAUAAGCAAGACACCAAAUACCAAGAAGUCUUCGAACCUUCUGAAAUCCGGAAGCGAAUGCUAACAGAAGAUGACGACCUUAUUAGAGCUCGGGAUAUCCCCGAGCGCAUGCAACUGUCGUCGUCAUCUCUGUCGCUCUCCUCUCCAUUCCCAGAUCAAACGCAGUUAACGGAAGAUGACCUCGGAGGCGCAGCAAUGUGGGUUACGCAACGCAUAUCUACGACAAAAAUGCAAGAAUAUUUUAAUCCUGAUGGCAAGCGCCAACAUCUCAAAGGCGCUCUCGUUAUGGCGGUGACAUUCGUCUUGCGGCAAAUCUUUGUGGAACAAUAUGAAGUGCCCUAUAUUUGGGCCCACAAAAGAGAUUAUAUCACUCGUUUCGACGUCAAUGACAUUCAAUCCCGUGACGACCUCUUGACCCUCCCAGAAUUGUGGCGUAUCAGCACUCUUGGCCAGAGAUACAAAUCGCUCAUGGAACGCCGGAGAACUCUAUCUGCUGCUUAUCGACGACUUCAAGUCAAGGAUGAAUACUACGAAGAUGAGAUCGAACCUCAGGUUGACAGCGUCGAGGUCAUAGCGGAUGCCACAGAGUGGCUGUCCAUGAAAUACAAGGACAAGAAGCAAGACUCGACACUUGACUUCCGUUUCCACGAUGACGAGGAACCAGACACAGAGAAGAAGAGAAAGAUGCCGAGUCGAAUUUCUGCUUAUGAAGUGGCGAAGAAAAGUGUUGUCUUUAAAUUAGCGGAGAAAUUCGGGAUCCAACCACAUCAAGUCGUCCUAAAUUUCUUGGCCUCGCACCAUGUCCACUUCAUUGAUGAUGUGGAUUUAAAUCCCCUUGUCUUCGCCGAGCAGUAUUCCGAUUCCGAUCCCGCAAAAGCUCAAAGUCCAGAGGAGCUUCUGAGACGAGCGCGAUUGAUCCUUUCAACAGAACUUGGCAAGGACCCUCUGUUGCGCAGCCAGAUUCGCAAAUUAUUCAAGGAAGAAGCGCGAAUAAGUGUUGAACCGACAGAGCGAGGCAUCAAUAAGAUUGAUGAAAACCAUCCUUACUUCAGUUUCAAGUACUUGUUCCAGAAACCCAUCGACGAAAUGCUGAGAAGUCCUCAGUUCCUACAUAUUCUUGCCGCAGAAUCUGAACAUCUGGUCACUAUCUCCGUUUCUAUUCCUGCUGACGCCAAGGCUGCCUUUGAACGGAGGUUCCUCGAUGCUUUCUCUUCCGACAACUUCACCGAUUCUGCGAAAGCAUGGAAUGCCGAACGAUCACGAGUUGUUCAAGAGGUGAUUGAACAACACUUAAUUCCGGCCGGUGUUAAAUGGACACGAGAGUACAUCCGAGAUGAAGUCGAAGAUGUGCUUGCUUCAAAAUGUAGAGAUCAAUUGGAGAAGCGCAUUGACACGGCCCCGUAUAUCACGCGGGAGCUCAGAUAUGGAGAGUUUUCAUCGUCAGUCCUUGCUAUCUCAUGGGGCAAAGGUGACCCGCACAAAGACGCCAUUGCAUUGGUCUACUUGGACGAGGCGGGUCGCCUUCGCGAACAUACCAAGAUCGACAACCUUCACGAUCCCGACAAUAACGACGAAUUCCUAGAUUUGGUGAAACGCCGCAAACCUGAUGUCGUUGUAGUGGGAGGCUUCAGCAUCGCCACCGUCAAGUUGAUGCAUCGUGUCAAGGAAGUGCUCAGUGGAAGGUCCGCAAAUCAAGUCGAAAAUGGAUGGGGGACCUCAAACGGACAAGAAUUUGAUAUUCCAGCGAUAUACGUGCAUGACGAUGUCGCGCGGAUUUAUCAGCAUAGCAAGCGUGCUGCUGACGAAUUCAGUGCACUAUCUUCCACUGCUAAAUACUGCGUAGGAUUGGCUCGCUAUUCCCAAAGUCCUUUGAACGAAUUCGCAGCCCUUGGCAGCGACAUCACAGCGAUAUCUUUCGAUGAAGAAAACCAACACCUUAUCCCGAAGGAGAAACUUCUUGCUGCGUUCGAGCAAGUUCUCGUGGAUGUGACGAAUAAAGUCGGUGUGGACAUUAACCGCGCGGUCACGGAUCCUUACUAUCAACACUUGCUCCCUUUCGUCUGUGGCAUGGGCCCCAGAAAGUCUCAAGUAUUGAUCAAGAAGAUCGCUUCCCAGGGGGGCACACUUGUCAAUCGAGACCAAUUCAUCAAGGCGGGCUUGCUCACCACAAAAAUCUUCUUGAACGCUGCUGGUUUCUUGCGGGUUGUUCAAGAUCGUGAAGCCAAGCAAGUGAAAUACCGGGCGGAAGAUGAAAAUGCUCCUGAUCCUCUGGAUGAUACGCGCAUCCACCCAGAAGAUUACGAACUUGCUCGCAAGAUGGCAACCGAUGCCUUAGAACUGGACGAAGAAGACAUUCAUGAUGAACAUCCCUCCCAUGUCGUCGGUCUGAUCAUGAAUGAUCCAGACAAGGAAAGAAAGCUCGUGGAACUCAAUCUCGAUGAAUUUGCAAUUAGUUUGUACGAGGCCAAUCACGAUCAGAAGAGACACACCUUGAACGUCAUCCGUGAAGAGCUGGUCAGGCCCUUCUCUGAGAAGCGGGAGAGAUUUCUCAUGGCGUCAGACACAGAGAUUUUGACGAUGCUCAGCGGCGAAACACCAAAGACUCUUGCCGUUGGUCUUGUCGUGUCAGCCAUGGUCUCGCGGAUCUCCAAGGAUCUCGUCACAGUACGCCUUGACUCAGGUAUCGAAGCCCACCUUCCUGCAGGAAACCUGAUUGAACCGGGUUCGGCGAUGCGCGUAGGCGACGUCGUGAAAAAGGGCCAGACCAUUACGGCAAUUGUGUCAGACAUGAAAGUUGAGCUGGGCCAUGACGAGCUAUAUAUCGAGCUGGCCGCUCGAUCAAAGGAUCUCGAUCAAGGAGACAGCGUGUUCAGACGCUAUGAGCCAGAUGUUUAUUGGGACGAAGGCCAUUACUCCAAGGAUCAGGAGAUGCUAGCCAGGAAAAGGCGCGCAGAGACUGAUCGGACCCGUCGCGUCAUCAAGCAUCCGAAUUUCCACAACUUUAACACGGCCCAAGCCGAGGCGUAUCUCGAGAAACAGCAAAGAGGGGAUGUUGUCAUUCGACCAUCGUCAAAAGGUGUCAACCACCUCGCGGUAACCUGGAAGGUUGACGAUAGGCUGUAUCAGCAUAUUGAUGUUACGGAACUCAAUGCUGACCCAACGGGGCAAACGGUUGGGGGACAACUUGUCGUCGACCCUCAGCAUACAUAUUCAGAUCUCGAUGAACUCAUCGUCAACCAUGUUCAAGCUAUGACCCGACGAGUUGAAGAACUCAUGGCUCAUGAGAAAUUCAAACAUGGUUCAGAAGAUGACCUCCAUCUCUUCCUGAAGAACUACCUCGCUGCUAACCCGGCGAAAAGUAUGUAUGGUUUUACUCUGAACAGGAAACGCCCAGGCCAUUUCAACCUCUGCUUCUUGGCGAACAAGAAUUCCACUGUCCAGACCUGGCCUGUACGUGUUGCUCCUGAAGCAUAUUAUCUCUUCGAUGCAGCAGCCGUUGGGGUUCCAGAAUUGUGCGACGCAUUCAAAGUCAGGCAUCUUCACGAGUCGCAGAACCUCGCCGUUGCUGCUGCCGGUGGAAAAACACCAUAUGGUGCUGGCAUGCGCACACCUGCCAGGCCACCAGGCGGUGCAACUCCUGGUCAUAUGUCAGUACGCCAGGUUCCUGGACGAACGCCGAAUCCGUACAGUGGGGGACAGACUCCCUUCGUCCCCAAUCCCACCAACUUUGUCCCACCUCCUCAGCAACACGCGUAUGGCUAUCAGACACCCUCACAUCGCCCACCUAUGUUUCCUGGGCAGCCUCCGCCUAUUCCCCAAAACAUGAACCAUCCUCCUCCACAGCGGCCUCCUCAGAGUCAUGGAGUCUGGGGACAAUCAUGGCCUUGA